CUUAUUCUUUUUCUAGAUCGUCCAUUUUAGUCCGUGUUUUGCACUACAUAUUCUUCCUUAGCUUUUCGUGUUCACUACUACAUUGGUCAUGUUCCACAAACAUCUCUAUAUUAAGUGAAACAAAAACCUAAACAUAGAUGAUGAGCCAAACUUCAAAGGAUACUAUGAAGUACAACAAGGGUGUGAAGAAAAACCGGCUGUUGAUUACAGUUAACGUUCUAGGGAGUCCAGGGCCGUUGAGGUUGAUAGUGAACAAAGAUGAUACAGUGUCAACUGUUAUCGAUUCAUCUCUAAAAUUAUAUGCACGUGGUGGACGGCUUCCUAUUCUCGGAUCAGAUAUCACAAAAUUUGUGCUUUUUUCUUCAAAUGCACCAUCCCAUGCAUUGAGUUCAAGUGAAGCAAUAUGGCUAUCUGGUGGGAGGAACUUUGUGAUGUACAAGAAGAACACUAACUUACAAACAACAGAAGCUAAGUCAGAUUUGAUCACGAACCAAUCAGACAGUCGUAGUUGGAAAUCAUGGCUUCGUAAUCUGAACAAGUCCUUCAAGAUCAUAUCACAUUGAUGUUACUUUUUGACCGCUAUAUGUUCCGACCUACUCAUCAAAUGUUUCUUGGUAAAGAAAAGGAAUGCGCUACUGCAGCUCGAUACGAAUUCUUCCAAUUUAGCUGUCAAAAUUGCUAAAAGGAGUACAGAUUCUUGUGUUGCAAUAACAUUUGUAAGAAUAAGGAUCAGUUGCUUUGUGAAAAUUGAAAGGAUGAGAGUGCAUGUACUUCAUUUACAGUAUUCUAAUGCAUAUUAUGGGGUCUCUAGUUCUCCAUUUUAAUGUA